AUGGCGAUUGUGGCUUCAUUGCCAGCAGCAGGUCUCAACCUCUUCUCUUCACUCCCAUCAGCAACCCCACCUGGAAAGGACCCAACCUCUUCCUCUUCUCCUCCUCCUCUCUCUCCUCCCAUUCCCAUCCCCAAAUACCCCCUCCUGUUAAAAAAUCAAAAAAAUCCACUAACCCUGCCUUCAAAAUCCCCCAUCGUCAAACCAAGUACUACAAGCCCGUCAAAGAUGGUAGUGGGGUCAUCGCAUCAGACGGUGACCGCUCUGUCCUUUGAAGCCAUUGGCCAUCCGGGAACCGGCUUUCUUGCCCUUUGCGCCUCCCACAAUGCCGCGACCUUGGACUGGCAAACCCCCCUGAAAGCCAACAAGAAGAAGACUCCGGUUUUCGAUUCCUUUAAUCCGCCUCCAGUAGGUAAAAAAGGGGUCAAGUACGUGGAAAUGCCUGGUCCAUUCUCGUUUGGGAAGUUUCCAGAGGAUGGGAAAUCCAGGGAGGAGAUACUUGGGGAACCUUUAAAGACAUGGGAGAUUAAAAUGCUUAUUAAGCCUCAUUUGUCUGAUAAUAGACAGGUUAAUCUCGGGAGGGACGGAUUAACUCAUAAUAUGUUGGAGUUGGUACACACACAUUGGAAGCGAAGGCGCGUUUGUAAAGUUCGUUGUAAGGGUAUUCCCACUGUAGAUAUGGAUAAUGUUUGCCGGCAUUUGGAGGAAAAAACUGGAGGAAAGAUUAUUCAUAGAGUUGGUGGUGUACUUUAUCUUUUUCGGGGCAGAAAUUACAACUACCGAACUCGUCCACAAUACCCAGUAAUGCUCUGGAAACCAGCUACUCCAGUCUACCCAAAACUUAUUCAAGAAGCUCCUCAAGGUUUGACGAAAGCUGAAGCAGAUGAAUUACGGAAGAAAGCUAAGAAUCUUCUGCCGAUAUGUAAAUUAGCAAAAAAUGGAGUGUACAUUACAUUGGUAAGAGAUGUUAGGACUGCUUUUGAAGGAAGUCCGUUGGUGAAGGUUGAUUGCAAAGGGAUGGAACCUAGUGAUUACAAGAAGUUGGGUGCUAAGCUUAAGGAUUUGGUCCCUUGUGUGCUGUUGUCUUUUGACGAUGAGCAGAUAUUGAUGUGGAGGGGACAAGACUGGAAAUCAAUGUAUCAAGAAGCUGCACCUUCAGUCUCAUUUCCUGCUGAAGAAGAUAUUGCAAGUUGUUCAGAUGAUUCAGGCAAGUCUGAUGAUGAUUGUGAUUACUCUGACGCCAAAAUAGUGAGCUCAAGCCCCAAAAUGAUGUCCCUGUGGAAGCAUGCACUUGAGUCAAACAAGGCAGUUUUGCUCAAUGAGAUUGAUCUUGGUCCUGAUGCUCUUUUGAGAAAAGUAGAGGAGUUUGAGAGUGUUUCGCAGGCCACGGAACACUCCUACCCCGCUUUAGUUAUGUCUAGUGAAGAUGAUACCAGUAACUCAAUCUCAGCAUUUGAAGACGAUUCUCUUAGUGAAAGUUUUUGUGAAGAUGAAAUGUAUAGUGAUGAUGAAUAUUGUGAUAGCGAAUCCUUUGAAGACGUAGAUACCUCAGUCCCUCCGGGGUCAUUACCCAUUGAUCUGAUAGCGGAGGAGCUCAAUAACAAAUAA